AUGGCUUCCACCACCUCAGGUGAUGCUCUGCCAUCAGGCGGAAGGAUCUUCACCAGUUUUCCUGACAUAUUCUUCAUCCCCGAGUUUGUGUUUGGUGGUUUGGUGUGGAUCCUGGUGGCAUCGGCUAAAGUUAUUCCGGCUAACCCUCUGGGCUGGGUGAUGUUUGUGUCUAUCUUCUGCUUCGUAAUGACGACAAUCUGGCUCUUCAUCUUCCUCUGCGGAGGCAAUCAGAGCAGCAUCUGGCCAGCACUGGAUGCAGGCUAUCAUUUUGUGGCAGUGGUUUUCUUCCUCAGUGCAUCAGUGGAUCUGGCCUUUAUCACCUGUGGGGCUGCAGAAUAUUAUAAAGCUAUAUCAGGUCAACCAGCUCUACCAAUUAUAGCGCUUCCAGGACUUGAAACACCUGAUGAAUAUAUCAAAAUAUACCGACUGUACAUUUCUGCAGUGGUGAUGUCCUAUGUGGCCACUCUUCUCUACUUUCUCCAUGCCAUAUUCUCUGCCAUUCGAUGGAAGAGGUCCUAAAAAAGUCACCAACUCAAGACGAAAACAACAAAACAAAACAAAAACAGCUAAUCACAUAGCUUUCACAAAUACAUUGAGCUUUUUUAGGAAAAUUAUUUUUACUUUCAUGUUACUUUUCAUGCAUUUCUAAUGAGUGAAUAUGCCCAAACAUCAAAUUCAUAAAAAAGUGGGAAGCACAAAACAAAACAAAACCAAACAAAAAUUACAUUAUCACAUUAGCCUACCUCACAAUUUUCAAUGUUGUUUUUGAGAAUACAUGCAUAAGAAGUGAGAAUUACUUUUUAGUUUUCCGAACUAAAUAUCGUUUAAAGAAGAUAGAUGAGUGUAAAUAAGUAAUGAAAUUACUAAUCUAAACAGAAGCAGGAAUGAUAUUAUCAUAACGUUUGAUUUAUUUUCACUGUAACUUUCAAUCAUAUACGAUUCUUUAAAAGCUCAGUUCACAAAUUUUAUUGCACACUCACACACAAAAACACAAAUGCAUUUUUAAAACUCAAGAUGUGUCCUAAUCUUCUUUAAAUAUAUUACUGUGACAUUUCAAGAAAAAAAAAAGAAAGAAAGAUGUUUUCGCAAUUUCUGUAAGUAAACCACGUCAGUGAUCCUGGCUUAAAGACAUGACCUAAUAUGAUAGCUGACAUUACAAUAUUUGCUAUAUAUGUGUUUUGCCUAAAUUAGAUAGUGGAGAGAGGAAGGGACAGAAAGGGAAAGACACACAGCCUUAGGCUAGAGUUUAACAGAACUGCAUCUAACCUUGUGGCAUAUAGUCACAUGUUCAUUGUGUGAGCUAAACCAGCACCACAGCAUUUAAAUAUUUCAAACCUUUAUGACAACGACUUACUUGUACAGCUUGCCACAGUUAGACUUUUAGUUUGUUCUCACUAAAAAUGGAAGCAGGAAAAGCAGGAGGAUUGUGACUUUAGUUCCUACAGAACACAAGCCCAACGAUAAAUGGAAUGGGCCCUAUAUUUCAUCUGUUGCAACUUGAUGGGCCAAGCUAAAAUAAUGAUCACUUUGAUGGUGACCUACCCAUUUAUUCAGUUAAAGUGAGAGCCGCUACAAGGGUGUGAUGGGACUGACACUCGAGGCAUCGUCAGGGCCACAUUUCAACUGUUGACAGCUGUAUGUGUUGUUUGUUGUCUGUAUUUCCACAGUGACUGUGUUUACAAUGUUACAUUGUCUUUUGUGAUACAGGGAUCAGCAACACUUAAGUUUUAUUUAGUUUUUAUUUAGAUAGAUAUAUUAAUUUUUUUCAUUGUUUCUUUGCUGUGGUCUUAUUAGUGAGUGAUGUAUCAGGUACCUGCAGUGUAGCUUUGCAGUGUAACCUCUAUUAGAGCUUCAUUUCUGUAAAGGAGGUAACGCUUCCACAUUAAAACAUUAAGGCAUUAAAACAUUUACAGCAAAAUACGAACAAUAUAGUUGUCCAUUCAUGUUUUACUUCUGAUCCUUACCUUAUUAGCUACGUAGCUAACUGUUCCUAACUGUAGCCUAACUGGCAUGACCAAUGAGUUAAUUAAAGUAUAAAUUCAUCUUUAACUUAAAUUAAUCAUUAUUCCAUAUUUGAAAUGGUCUCAAGAGGAAUUUUACUUUUGACAAAUUUACUUUAAAUGUAUUUUUUCAAGCUUUGUACCUGAAGCCUGAAACUCAGACUAUGCCAAAUACUUGAUUUGUGAUUGGAAUAUCCUUCAAUUUCCUCCAUGUUUCACUCCAUGGUUUUAGAAUGAAUGAAUGAAGAAAACUGUUUGCUGACAGCCAUAUAAACCAACUUAAAUACACUAGAUU